AUGCUGGGUAUCCGUUGUGGUUGGUCGCUUCACCCGCUGCGGUGCAUGCGUGCGAUACACUUGAUCUCCACGCUGAAACCGGCUGCAAACUCGACGAAGUCGUUCAAGAGACUCGGGCGUGGUGCAUCGAGUAACAAGGGUAAGACGUCAGGGAGGGGCCAGAAGGGUCAGAAGGCUAGAGGGAAAGUGAAGGCGUGGUUUGAAGGUGGGCAGACGCCGAUAUACAAGCUAUUCCCGAAAAUUGGGUUCACAAACGUUCAUGCAAGACCGCUCGUACCGUUGAACUUGGAGAGGAUCGUUUGGUUCCAUAGGAAGGGCAGGCUGAACCUCAAUGAGGGUGAGGUGCUCGACAUGAAGAAGAUGCGCGAUGCAGGGGUCGUUACUGGCAAAAUCAAGUACGGAAUCAAGCUUUUGGCGAGAGGCCAGUUCGAAUUCAACCUACCGUGGAAAGUCGAAGCGUCGGCAGCGUCCACGAAGGCAAUCGCAGCCAUUGAACGUGCUGGAGGGUCCUUCGUCGCUAGGUACUUUUCGCCGAUGUGCCUCAAGGCGCACUUGAGCCCAGGUUGGUUCAUCAAAAGGACGGGACGAGUGCCUCUCCCUGCAAGACCCAUCAAGAGGAAGUACAUCGACUACUAUAGCAAUCCAGACAAGAGAGGGUACCUGAUAGUGGAAAAUGACCCGUAUUACCAAAGAUUGCAAGAGGCUAAACGGACAGGGUUUAGUGGUGCAGCAAAGCAUGCCGCCAAGAAAUCCGCAUUGGAGAGACAGUUGGACAAGCUGACUGAAAGGGGGAGAUCCAAUCAAGUGCACUCCACUUCUAAGAUUGUAACUUUCGAGGAAUACUCGAAGGGGAUGGUAUGA